AUGCCGAUGGACGUGGAACAUAACGGGCCGAUCAAACCGAUCGAAUCGGUCGACCAGAGCGUCCAAGAUGCUCACGAUCUGGCGGCCAUGGGCCAUGACCAGGCCAUGACUCGCAAAUUUGACGUCUGGAGUAUGCUGUCUCUUGCGUUCUGUGUCUUAGGCACAUACUCAACUUUUGCCCAGGAUCUCGACAGUGGCCUCACCAAUGGCGGCUCCGUGGCCAUCCUCUGGGGUCUCGUGCUGGUGACCGUCUGCAACCUGUGCGUGGCCGUUUCCCUGGGAGAGCUCACCAGCAGUAUGCCGACCGCGCUCGGUCAGGCGUACUGGGUGUUUCGACUCUGGGACACCCCGCUGGGUCGCUUCUGCUCAUAUAUGUGUGCCUGGAUUAAUAUGUUCGGCUGGUGGACCUUGACCGCGUCCCAAGUCGCUUUUAUGGCCGAGUUCCUGCUGGGAAUGAAAGUCAUGUUCAACAACUCAUGGGGCGGCGCUGGAACCGGAUGGCUGGAAUUCGUCGUCUACAUCGGCACCGUUCUGGUGUUGACGGUCGUCAAUCUGAUCGGCUGUCGGAAGGAAAAGAUUCUCCCAUGGCUGAACAACUUUGUCGGAAUUUGGUUCACCGGCUUGUUCGUCAUCCUGUCCCUCGCCCUGCUCAUCUCCGUUGGGGUAAAGAAAGACCUCUCCUUCCAACCCGCGUCGUUUGUCUUCGGAGCCUGGAUGAAUGAGACCGGCUGGGAUAAUGGAGUGGUGUGGUUCACAGGCCUCGUUCAGGCCGCUUACGGUCUUACGGCCUUUGACGCAGUUAUUCAUAUGGUCGAGGAAAUCCCCGCCCCGCGACGUAACGCGCCCAGAGUCAUGUGGCUGUCUGUUCUCAUGGGUGCGAUUACUGGAUUCAUCUUCAUGGUGGUGUGCCUGUUCUGCAUCCAGGAUGUCAACGAGGUCAUCAACUCACCAACCGGGCUGCCAUUCAUGGAGUUGAUGGUGGAGACGGUCGGUCUGGAAGGGGGUGCCACACUGAUUGCGUUGUUCAUCUUCAACGGCCUGGGGCAGGGAAUCAGUAUCUUGACCACCGCCUCCCGACUCACCUGGGGGUUUGCGCGAGAUGGCGGUCUCCCCUGGAGCGGAUAUCUCAUGCACAUUGACCCCGUGUGGAAGGUUCCGGCGCGCGCGUUGUGGUUCCAGGGCUUUUGGAUCGCUUUGGUUGGAAUUCUCUACCUUUUCGCGAACACGGUGCUCGAUGCGAUCUUGAGCGUCAGCACUAUUGCUUUGACCAUCUCGUAUGGUAUUCCGAUUGCCGCCCUCCUUGUAGUUGGGCGCGAUAAGCUGCCACCGAGUCAGUUCAAUCUGGGACGAUGGGGGGCGCCUAUCAACUGGAUCAGUAUCAUCUACUGUGCCAUCACAACGGUGUUCUUCCUUUUCCCCGGCUCGCCGAAUCCGUCGCCUAGCGACAUGAACUAUGCCAUUGCGGUGUUUGGGGUGAUGCUGGUGGUGGCCGUUGGAUUCUGGUUCUUCCAGGGGAAGAGCACGUAUCUGCAAACACAGGAUGCGAUCGACCAGAUGAUCCAGGCCCAGAGGCUUGAGGUGGAUACGGCAGCACAGGCGGAAGAAAAGAAGAAAUAG